AGAGUUCUCUCUUGAUACAAUCAUACCUAUUACAGUAAUACAAACCCUAGCGGGGCUACUUUCCCCUUUCUUCUCCCAUGAGAUCCGCUGAAAUUCUCUCGAUUGGGGCCUUGAAUCCCCUUAGGGCGUGACACUCCUUCCCUCGUCCGCCGCCUCGCUCCCUCGCUCUCCUCCCUCGCGCCAUGGCCUUCGCCCUAGGAGCCCCGUCGCCUACUACUGCUCCUCCACCACCUCGCCUCUUUCUCCUCCUCGCCUUCCCUUCGCUCGCCCGCAGGUCGCUGCCGUUGGAGAACACAGGAGUGCGGGUCUUCAAGUUGGGGUGGUCAGGAGGGCUGCCCAACCUGACGGCGCAUCCUCCUCCUCACAGCUUCGUCGCACGCGCACCUUCUUCUCCUCCCUCCUCCCUCCCUCGUCACUACUUCCACCAGUCCCCUCCCUCCCUCGUCCGUGGCCGCUGCUGCCGCACAAAUCUCCUAGGUCAGGGAAAGGAAGAAGGCCUUGGCGAGUCAGCAGGGGUGGGUGGAGCGGCUGAUGCGGAUGGGGUCGACGGUUGAGGGAGGGUUGCCGACCAGAGCAGCAGGAGCAAGAGCUCGAGAAGGUUCAGAUUGGAUACAAAUGGUUCAGCAAAGAGGGAGUGUGUAACCGCAUCAGAGAUUAGGCCAUGGAGCAAGAGUGUGUGACUAGGUUGUGCAAAUUUUUUCCCUAGAGACAGCAGAGGAACCCCUCCUGGUCGAGCCCCCACCCUAUCCUCUCCACCUUUAGAGGAGAACCCCAUGAAAGCUAAAAGUUUGUGGAGGAGUGUUGGCACAGGAAUAUCUGAUCUGCGCCAUGACAAUAUGGGCUUGCUGCAGCCAGGCAGUUCUUCAGAGUAUGGUGCUUCGAUUUGGUUCCUGUGGUGUGUUAGUUUCAGAACCCUAUCCUCUCCACCUUUAGAGGAGAACCCCAUGAAAGCUAAAAGUUUGUGGAGGAGUGUUGGCACAGGAAUAUCUGAUCUGCGCCAUGACAAUAUGGGCUUGCUGCAGCCAGGCAGUUCUUCAGAGUAUGGUGCUUCGAUUUGGUUCCUGUGGUGUGUUAGUUUCAGAAUUUGA